AUGGUGAUAAGUUUUAUAGAUGGUAGUUUUUUUCUAAGUUGGAGCUCCCCACGUGCACCAGCUGUUUCAGACUUAACUAAACCUGCAGAAAUUACCAUAACAGAGGACUUUAAAGAUGAUUAUCGAUAUGAGGAGGUUUCAGAAGAUUUUCUUCUUGGUCCUCAUGGAGCUGAUGAUGAUCUGGCCGAUAUUUUGCAGACUGUUCAGGAGCAGACUAAAGAUACCCAAAUUUUGGCUUCACAGCCAAUUCUGACUUCUCAGAAGGUGGUAUCAGAAGUACCUCAAGCAAUGGAUGACUUCUUCUGCAAUUUCCUGGUCAGAUUGGGAAUGUCUAGAACCCUUGACUGCUUCCAGACUGAAUGGUACGAACUCACYGAGAGAGGUGUGAUCUCAGUUGACGAUGCUGGGCUGGUUCCACCCGUGUACACCCUCAACCAGAAACUCGAGAGUGAGAACCUGAGGUUGAAGAAAGAUAUAGAAAACUACAAACAAUCUGUCACUAAAACAGAACAGGCUCUCAUCAAAAUGCAGAAAGAGCGAGACUUCCAUCGAAUGCAUCAUAAGCGAGUGGUCCAGGAGAAGGACCGGCUGAUUAGUGACAUGAAAAGGCUGAAGGCACAUUAUGCAUCCUAYGAACCAAUGCUGAAGGAGCUGUCUGAAAGAUACCAGAAUACACUGACCCUGAAAAUGUUAACUAGUUUGGAGAGAGACAAAGCAGUGGGGCAGGCUACAGGUUUGCAGGCUGCAUUAGAAAGCUUGGAGUCAGGAUAUCCUAAGCAGACUGCUGAGACAAAAGUAGUCCAUGAUUGUACAAAGAAGAAAGAGUUUGAAGGUCCCACCCAGAAAGCUCUUCGGGAAGCCAGGCAGCAAAAAUUCCAGGUUGUUGCAAGUUCUCCAAGUGAUGCAGCCAAAGAGGCCGAGAAGAAGAUGGGCAAGAAAGAUGUAAAGGAUUCAGAUUUCCCUACUGAAGGGACCCCAUUCUUUGAGCUUACUAAAGAUUAUGUUCAACCCGUGAAAUCUGGAGAGUAUAAACUGAGCAGCAUUUUGAAGGUGCACGACUUCGCCGUGACCUGCUUGGCUUUACACCCCCGGCAAGACAUCGUGCUCACUGGUGGUGAUGACCGCCUGUGGAAGACGUGGGCCUUCCCUGAUGGAAACAUCCUCCUGACAGGGGAAGGUCACACAGAYUGGCUCUCAGGCUGCUGCUUCAGGCCCAGUGGCACUCAGCUGGUGACAUCGAGUGGGGACACCACGGUGCGGAUCUGGGACCUGUCCAGGCGUGGCUGCAUCCUGACCCUGCGGGGCCAUUCCCGUGCUGUCCACGACUGCUCCUGGCACACCUGCGGGGAGUUCGUGGCCUCUGCCUCCAUGGAUGGCACCAGCAAAAUCUGGGAUGUGAACAGCGAGAAGUGCCGAUACACCCUGCGCGGCCACAAGGAGGCCGUCAACAGCAUCGAGUUCCUGCCCUUCUCCAGCACCGCUCUCACCAGCUCUGCCGACAAGACCGUSUCUCUCUGGGAUGCCAGGACGGGUUUCCGUGUUCACAUAUUCCAAGGUCACGUGCAUUCCUGUAAUCACGCUACAUUCAACAAGAAGGGGGAUACGAUUGCUUCCUGUGACUCCUCCGGUGUGAUGAAGAUCUGGGACGUGCGGAAGCUGAUCCCUAUUCUAUCCAUCGAUGCAGGUCCCCAUUCUGCCAACCAGGUCUCCUUUCAUCGCUCUGGUGAUGCGGUGGCUCUGGCCAGCAGCGAGGGCUCCGUGAAGAUGCUGUGCCUGGUGACGGGCCAGCUGUCCGUGCUGCGGGGCCCCGGGGUCGAGGUGCGCUGUGUGCGCUUCCGUGGCCAGAAUCACCUGCUCUCCGCGGGCGCCGAUGGCAGGGUUUGCAUCUGGAGCUGAGCACUGAUACACGUGGCCUUUAUCGCCUUCCAGAAAAGCGGUUUG